AUGAUUACGGUGGCAAAUGUGCACAGCGAAGAGAUUGAUAUCAAGAUUCCUAAAUGCAGCAGAAAAACACAAAUGGUGUUUCCUCCAAAGGUGGAUAAGAAACAAAAUAGAGAAAAGAAAACAAACAAGUUGGCUGGCAAGGAAGGUUUAUUAAGAAGCAAUAUAGAAUUUAAGGAACGGGCUUCAGCAAUGUUGGGAGAAGAACAUAAAUUAAAAAUAAAAUUUCAAGAACAAGAAAUAGCUCAUCAGCAGUUGCGGCAUAAACUGGAAAUCGACAUAUUAUUAUUAGAAAAAAAAACAAAAAGAAGUUGGAAUUAG